AUCAAAAUGGCGGCGGGAAAGUUGAAGUCAGCCUGCCGCUCUCAAGAAAAACAGUUUACGAUAUCAGACUAAACGGCGCUAAACUAGCAGCUCUACUAUAAUGUAAUGAUGCAGUGAAACCUACAGUUUGCUGCGACAUGCGCUCGAUCGGUGUAGAGGGGGACUGGACGCUCCGAAUCUUGGCCGCAGUCGCCGGGUCAGUGGCCUUGGUCAAGUGUGUGUCCUACCUGCUCCGGAGAAAAGUGGAGCGCAUUUGGAGCGAGAAGUUGAAGGUGGACGACAAAAUACGGCUGGAAGACCUUGGUGUUCUCGCACGAUCUCCAAAUGCUAACCUGCGACGGGCAGCUGAACAGGUGCUACUGGACAAGAUUACACAAGCUAACAAUUUUACUUACGUGCUGAGAAGAUGCCAACACAAGGACAUCAAGGAAAGCUUCAAGGCUUGCACAGUACUGUGUGUAGUGCUGAAAAGCAUGGAUAUUGCCCCCAAGUACCACCUGCAGAUCCUCCAGACCCUGGCCUUCUGUUUCCUGAAGUCCAGCAGUGGCCACAGGGGAGGGGUUACCAUGGAUACAGAGGACCCUUCUAUCCAUACUAGGAUACAGAGGAUGACUGCAGGGGCCAUGUUUGAGCUCAUCGCAGACAGCGAUGAAUACAAGAAAUUCCUGACCCAGGAAUGUCCAGGCCUGCUGAACAGUAUGGUGUACACUCUGGGGUACUCCCACAGCAGGGAUGUCGUCCGCUACUGCCUCUUCUUCUUACACCAGCUAGCACUGAACACAUCACUGCAAGCGAUGUUAACUAAUGAAGGAGCAGUCAGCACUGUGUCAGAGGUGGUGGUGAAAUACCACGGAGACAGUGUUCUACAGACAAUCUGUUUCCAAAUGCUGGUCAUUUUUGCCAACAUCCAAGGGAAAGACAGUAUCCAGGUGCUGAAGGAGAUAGCUCGUCACAACGUGGUCCUUUAUGCGGUAGGCUCUGUCAGAGCAGAGGACCCAGAGCUAGUGUACUGGGCUGUGGCAGUCAUCCAUGAGUUUGCUAUCAAUGACCUGUACAAGGAGACCAUCUGCUCCAUCCCCCGGCUACUGUUCUCCCUUCAGAAGGUCCUGGCUGCCAGUGAAGCCAACCUACAGAGGCUGGUCCUCAGGGUCAUCUGUUUCCUCUGUUUGCACAAUGAUGCCUUCAAGAACAAAGUGUUAAGCAAUGGGAACAUCAGUGAGCGUCUGUCUGUGUGCCUGUCCAGUGGAGACAAGGAUGUGGUUCACUGGGCCCUGGUGCUCACUCACGACCUGGCUAUGAUUGGUAAGCCAGCUGUGGCCCAGAUGGUGGAGAGCAGUCCUGGUCUCCUCAGCAGUCUGAAGCCGCUGGUCAAACACAAGGAUGUGACGAUUGUCAGACUCCUGGCAGAAACCAUGGGAUUCUUCUGCUCAUGUGAGCAUCUUCACCUUCAAGUUGUAGAAGCAGGCAUCUUGGACACCAUCUUGUUGUUCUCCCAGACAUCUGACCCUGAUCUGACCUUCUGGGCUGCAGCUUUACUUCUGAACCUGGCCAUGACCUCAGAUGUGGUGAAAGUCGCCAUCCUGAAGGCAGGAGGCCUGUCCAGUUUGCUGGAACUGGCCAUUGGAGAGCACGAGAACACACAGAUCAUAACUAUGGCGGCAAAGACACUCACCAUGCUGAGCUUCAUAGGUGACCCUUUGAAUGUCCAGCUUGCUUGCAACUCAGAAACAACCACCGUCACCAUCUAUGGCAAACCCCACCAUGUUUACAGGAAGGGGCUGAAUGUACUGGUGUAUGACACCCUACAAAGUGAGGAGAUUAUCUACCAGACGUUCAGCCUGGAGGAGCUGGAGGAAGUGAGUCUGGAGGAGGAUAUAGAGAUCCCCUGUCUGUCCUCCAUCCACCAGAACUGGGAGGGGCACCUGGCCUUCAUCGUCAUCUGGGGCAAACACAACCAGCUCUACCUCUCAGGUCUGAGCAGGAUCAUCAGUGGAAAAGGUCUGAAGCCACACAUUGAGAGCAGUAACUUUGAUGAGCUGAGUACAGAGGACUUGUUGCCAGGGCAGCACUGUGUGCUGGUGGCAGAGAUCCAGCAGGAGGGAAGACUGCACUUCAUUGCUGUGGAGAAGAACAUGCCGCCAUUUUCAUUUGACAUCCAGAUUUCAUAUGCCCACCUUGUAAACAGGAGGGUGAAGAAGAUGGCACUGGAUCCAACACUGAAACUGCUCCUGUCAACUCCACCCACCAGUAACAUCAGCAAAGUCUCUGAACUUGAGCUGCUGGAGAUCUUAUCCCGCCAUGAGGAGUUUCAAGACGUCAUCAUCCACAGGGAAGGCUUCCUGGACUAUCUAGGAGUAACUGUGUGGGACUUUACUGAGAAGGCCCUGGAGGAGCUUCAGUCCAAGCCGCUGGCUGUUGCUCACUGCCUGGGUGCACUGAAAGUGUUAGCAGCCUUGUCUGUCCAUGAGUGUAGCAGGAAGACACUUGUUCUGCAUGAAGUGAUCAGUGCCAUUGUCUCUCUGAUCUUCAACAUCACCGGGCUGUGGAUCCAGGAAACUGUCAACCUGGGGCUGGGGACAUCUUCACUGAGUAGAGAUGCCAGUGAACAGUCCUCAGGUCCAGAGAACUCACCGCCCCUGUUUCUGAGAUGCCCCAAGCCUCUUCCUGCUUUAAAUCUGUCAGAUACCCAAAAUGCCAGCAGCGCCUUUAACCAAUCACCAUUCAGCGAGGUGUUUGAACCUCUGCAAUCACCCCGCUCAGGACCAGUGCACAGAAUCAGAAGUACCGAGCAUUCCCUCCAACCAGUUAACCUGGAAGGUCGCUUCCUCAACCAAUCACAGGGUGAGACACCAUCUCAUGCAACCAAUGGGGAGGCUGCUCAGGAAUCAUCAGUUGAUGAAUGCAUGGUUACCAGGAUGGGUCCUGGAGGACUGCAGUCUCCCAGGAGUGGUGCUGUGCUGAUGAAACAACUGACACCAAGAAGUGCCAAGUUGCUGUCUGCUGUGGACCAGUGUUUUAUUGAGAGGAUGUCAGGAGAUGACACAGAGGAAGGGCUCACACAUGGGAGUGUUACUAUUGGAGAAGAUUUUCACAAGAUCUUCCAAAGCCUGAUCCAGUACUCCAUCCUGGUGUUGAGUAACUGCUGUGGAACACGUGAUGCGGACACGUGGCAGCUGGCCAACAUGGCACUGACCCAGUCUGGAGCCCUCCACAUGGCCUGGUGCGCCCUGUCCUCCUGUCAUAGGAAGCUCAGGUACAGUCUCAGGCUUCCAGUAGCUUCAUUGGUGACCAGGUUAGCCUCAGGCCCUCUACGAACAAGCAGCAGUACUGCAGCUGUGGUGCUGAACCCAGCUGACUGCACCUCAGCACUCAUGCUCAGUUCAGACCUGCUGGAGGCCCGUAACGACAGCUGGACGUUUGAGAGUGUACGAGCCAACCAACCAGUGAACAGGCCAUGGGAGAAUACCCAGCCCUCAGGGUGGUACUAUGAGAUUGAACUUAAGUCAUGUGGAAUCAUCCAGAUAGGCUGGGCCACAAAAGACUGUGAAUUUGGGCCUGAGAAAGGUAUUGGGGUUGGUGACAAUGUACAAUCAUGUGCAUUUGAUGGUGCCAGGUGUAAAGUCUGGCGGGGACCAAUCACAGAGCAGAAGGACAAUGAGUACGGAACAGAGUGGCAUUCUGCAGACAUUGUCAGUUGCCUCUUGUACAGCAAUGGAAAUAUAUGCUUCUGGCUUAAUGGUGUCAACCUGGGUAUAGCUUACAAAGGAUUGGACAUGACCCAGCAGUGGUACCCGGCUGCUUCCCUGUCCACUGAGCAGCAGAUUCUCUUCAACUUUGGCAUCCAGCCGUUCAGAUUCUGUCCUCCAGACGGCUUUGUCCCUGUGUCAGAGGUCAUGUUACGAAAGGUCAAUGCCUCCCACAUAAUGCCUGCUCCACCUGUGAAGGGCACACAGAAGAGACGCAAGCAAAAGCUGUCCUCAAGGAGGAAGCCUUUCAGCCCCAGGAUCUCCAAGGAGAAUGGAGGUCUCGCAUUUGAUUACCGUCCUCAGGCUGUGCAGUGGUGGGUGCCACUGAAUGGCAUUGCGGAGGAGAUAGACGGAUCAGAAGAAGAGUCAAUAGAGGACAGCACAGAGGAUCAUGUCUUGGAUCACCAGACCAUAGACCUGGAGGGAGGGGGAGAUCCAGAAACUCCCCAGGUCCAAAGUCUGUGGCUGUACUAUGAGAUCACUGUCUCUGGGCGAGAGAAGAGAACUGAGGACCUGGAGUUUGGGUUCAGCACCAUGGACAGGAAGUCUAAGGUGUUUGCAGUGCUGUCCCCACAUGGUACUAUCUUCCUACCCAGUGGUCACAAAGUCCAGUUGCAGGAGGAUGACUUCUCUGUGCUGCUGACCCUGGGGUGUGGAUUCACUGACAACGGAUCUGUUCAGACGGUGGUCUUCAUGCUGAACGGCCGGGUUCUUGAGCCAGAACAUCCAUUUGAGGAGGAUGUAGAACACGAGCCCAAGCUGCCCUACACCAGCUGUCCCCACCUGGACAUGAACGUGGGCCAGCGCAGGUUCCUGUACCAGCCGUGCGGCCUGCAGGUCCACCGGCUGAACCAGGCGGCGCUGCUGCACGACUGGCACCAGCAGCGCAUGGAGGGCUUCCAGGUGCACGGGGAGACUCCUCCACAGAGAGACUGCUGAUUGGUCGUCUGUCCUUUUGCCAUUGUGUAAUGAGACAGAAUUCAAACUUUUGACUAUUCUGACAACAUUGACAUUCCAUAAUCUUCUCAAACCACAUAGUAUUGGACAAGAAUACUUAGUUGGACCUGUACAACAUAAGAGACCAGUAUGUCAGGAACAAAGAUAAAGCCAAAUUGGAUACCUACAAAUGUGUGGGUGUAUGUGAUGUUCACUUGCCAUCUCAAUAAGUUGUGGUUAACUUCUCACAUGUAGACUUUUGACAUUUUGCUGUCCCAUUGCCUCAUGUACCAAGAGCAUGCAGGGCAGCCUAUUUAAGACAUUCUCUGUGUGACACUGAUGUUGCUUUUUUAUUUGGGAUUCAAAAUCCUUAAAAAAUAUAUUAUAUACAGUAAGUAAUGUUUUUGGAUAACAAAUUUUUCAAACUGUGUCAGGAUUUGGCUCCACUUUGUCUUGGAAUAUUUUUGUUUGAAGUUUUGUGAGUGUAUGAUGAAUAGGAUUGAGUGAAAAGUUGGAGGCUAGUAUGUAUCUCAGGGCACUGUGAGAAGUAUAUAAUCAGGUUUACAUGAUGAUGUAAAGAAAGGGAGGCUUAUUCAAAUGUGGUACUACUGCACCUCAAAUAUCUGUUGACAAAGUUGUAUAGAAAUUGAUUUCUCUAAACUUAUGCUGCUAUCAAUACUAACAAAGGAAGCAAAUUGUUCUGGACUUAAGACUUGUGAAAAUUACUGUAUACACAUUCCAGUUUUACUGUAAAUGACACUGAUCCUGCAUGUAACUGGUGUGCACGAACCCUUUCUUGUCUUCUGUUGUAUGGAACAACUGACUUCUACCACUGCCAAAGAAUUUUACAUUUCAACUUGUAUAUGAUCACUGUACUACACAAGAGUUGUACAGUACUAGUGAUGUACCUACUUGUACUUGAUGAGGUCUUCUCAUUGUUGUAGUGAAACGUUGGAAAAAUAGAUUUACCAGCCUGGCUACAAGCUCAGAAUCACAUCUGUUCAGACAGUCACCCUCUCCAACUUCCUCAGACCAGAGCAUAGUACUAAAUCAAAGUAGGUUGGUGUCCAGGAGCUUAAUGUCUUCAGGAGCACAUUUGUGAUGUGAAGAUUUUCUUCAUGGUGCUUAUUGCAAAGUGAACAGUAUAUGCUGCAGAUGUAUUUUUUCUACUUACCAAUCAAAGCCACCUGAAGUGUGUAGUGUACUACUGCUGCUAUUGAUGUCUCACAUUGGUGAAGUAUGAGAGACUGUAUUUUGUUUCUAGGCUCAAUUGCAAAGAGACUUUUCUAGCUGGUGUGUGAAAUGCAAAUUAGAAAACUGAAAAAGUUAGUUAUUUGUUGAAUGGAAGCAGUGUUAGCUGCUAAAAAUGUACUUAAAAAAGACUUGUUUUGUAUAUGA